AUGAGCGAGUGUGAUUCAACGGUAGUUGUACCUUUGCAACAAGCAGAAAAUGAUUCACAAGAUGGCGCUUCAAAUGCUCAAGACGGUUCGAUAAUUCUCGGUGCUUUAAAUGCUGGAAUAAAGUCAAUGAUCGUUGAGAAUUUGUCUGACACAGCAAGUGCUAUGUCUGUUAAUAUAAAUUCCGUCGAUAAUAAUCAACUAGCAAAUUUACCUCUAAGCGGUUAG